GCUGGCUGCGGGAGAGGGUGUUGUGAUGAUGUCGUGUUGUUUCAUGCUGCAGCUGUCCGAGACCAAAGUCUUCACCGCCUCCUCCUCUGCCCCCGCCUCGGAGAACCACGUCGCGCCUGGACAGAGCAUCGAUCUGGCGGCAUUGCUUCAGAAGCCGGUGUCUGGGACGGCAGAGUUGAACUGCUUGGAGCCCUCAUCCCCGCAGAACCUAGGGCAGAGCCUGGUGUUCACCAACUCUCACCACUCCGCCCCGCUGCCCGCCAGCACCAGCAACUCCGCCAUGGCCAGCAGCUACCCUCAGCACAGCCUGUCUUCAGUCCUGGGCUCAGGGUUUGGGGAGCUGGGAGGCUCCAAGCUGGCCUCCCCGGCAGGAGCACAGAUCCUGGAGCAGCUGAAGGCCCCCAGCCGGGGGCAGCUCCCCCCCCAGCAGGCUGGAGGAGGGGGCAGCAGUGGCAUGGGGGGCAUCGCUGGGGCUCCCGGAGGCCCCAGUGUCUCCACCUCCUCCUGGGACAUCAAGCCCCUGGGGUCACAGAACACUACAGCUCUCUCGCAGUUCGACUUCAAGACGCAGCCGGAGCCCUCCCUGGUGCUGAGCCAGCUGAGCCAGCGUCAGCAGGCCCAGCCAGCCCUGCCCCUCGCCCGCCAGCCCAGCCCCCCCGUGCUGCCCCCGCCCCCCCCCGGCCUGGACUCCUUAGCCCCCUCUCACCCCAAACCGCGUGACCCGUCGCCCCCCGACUCUGCUGCCAAACUGCUGCCCCUCCCACUGGGUUCCACAGACUCGCAGAGCUGCGCCACUCAGCACAAACAGAUCAAACCACAGAAACGCAGGAUACCUCCUACUUCCAAGAUUCCCUCUUCUGCUGUGGAGAUGCCAGGAUCUACAGACAUGACAGGGCUAAAUGUGCAGUUUGGAGCGCUGGAGUUUGGGUCAGAACCCACUCUGCAGGAGUUCGGGUCGACGGAGAGCACCAACAGCGAGCUGGCAACACAACCACAGAACAGUCUGUACUCCAAGACCAUGAGCGAGCCUCUGAGUGGCUCCCUGUCAAUGUCCCUGGCCACCGCCGACUCCACGUACGCCGCCCCCACCGUCGCCUCCUCGGGUCUGUCUUCGCUGCCCCCCCACAGCCCUGCUCCCCCGCCUGCCACCUCGGGGGGGGGCUCCUUCGAGCAGAGCGCACCCCAGCACAGCCGCAUCGCCUUCCCCAGCCCGCUGGCCCCCUCCCCAGGGAAGGAGCCGGUGCCAGCCCCAGUGACGAACGGCUUCAACGGAGUGCGAACGCCGACGGGGCUAGAGACUACAUCUGCCUCCUCCACCCCCAAGCCAGAGUCGCCGUCCCUGCCCAGCGUGGGCUCUCUGCCCAGCAGCGUCGCCUCCCCCGCGUCAUCUCUACUGCCCCCCUCUGCCCCCCAGCACAGCUCCGCACUCCCCAGCCUGGCACCUGAGCUGCCAUCCGCCUCGUUACCCCAGCUUAGCAACUCCCUGCCCAGCAGCCAUCCGAGCGGCAGCCACUCCUCGGCCUCGGGGCUGCCGUCCAGCUCGUCUCUCACGUACACCGGCGGCGACAGCAUGGGCUCCCUGCCUCCGGCCUCCGCCUCUGCCUUCUCCGCGCCCGUGGCCCCCGCCGCCCCCCCCAGCAGCGGGGCAGCCAGCGUGUCCAGCAGCCUCCACGCCCCGGGGGCCCUGGGGCUGGCCGGCAACGGGGUGUCCGUCCCCUCCGUCUCCCGCACCGCUCCUCUUCUCUCCUCCUCCUCCGGGAAGGCUCCCCCAAAUCUGCCUCAGGGGGUCCCUCCGUUGCUGCCCAACCAGUACAUUGUGGGUCCCGGGGGUCUUCUGCCUGCCUACCCGCAGAUCUAUGGGUAUGAGGACUUACAGAUGCUGCAGUCCAGGCUGCCCAUGGAUUACUACGGAAUCACAUUCCCAGGCCCCACACCAACACUAGCAGGGAGAGAUGGGAGCCUAGCCAAUAACCCUUACUCAGGUGAAGUGACGAAGUUCGGCAGGGGGGACUCGACCUCCCCAGCGCCGGCCACCAGCCUGGCCGCACAGCCUCCGCAGCCCCAGAGCCAGGCCCAGCAGACGCACCACAGCGGGCAGCAGGCCUUCCUCAACCCCGCGCUGCCCCCCGGGUACAGCUACACCGGCCUGCCGUACUACCCGGGGGUGCCCGGCGUGCCCGGCGCCUUCCAGUACGGCCCCACCAUGUUCGUGCCCCCUGCCUCUGCCAAGCAGCACGGCGUGGGGCUGAGCACCCCCUCCACCCCCUUCCAGCAGCCCAGCGCCUACAGUCAGCACGGCUACGGCUCAGGUUACGAUGAUCUGACACAGGGGACGGCAGGAGGGGAGUACAGUAAAGGUGGCUACAGUGGCUCAUCACAAGCACAAGCCAAAUCUGCCGCCACUGGGCCGGGCAAAGGUGUCUCAGUGGCAUCCAAUAACGCUGGAGUGCCAGACAUCAGCGGCUCUGUUUACAACAAGACGCAGUCCUUCGAUAAGCAGGGUUUCCAUGCAGGCACCCCUCCCCCCUUCAGCCUGCCCUCCGCGCUGGGCGGCGCGGGCCCCCUGAACCCCGGGGCGACCCCGGGGUAUGCUCCGGCGCCUUUCCUUCACAUCCUGCCCGCCCACCAGCAGCCUCACUCCCAGCUGCUGCACCACCACCUGCAGCAGGACAGCCAGGCCGGGACCACCCAGCGCAGCCAGUCCAACAGCUUGCAGCAGAAGAGCCAAACCAACAAAUCCAGCUACGGCAGCUCCACUUACUGGGGCAACUGAGGCUGGGGUCAUCCUUCUGUACCCCCCCCCCCCCCCCUCCAGCCCCAUAAAACUAUGACUGGUCAGAGACGUCAUCACCACACUCUCGUCAGUGGGAGAUGAAGACAGAGUUUAGAUGUGAAAUGCCAACACCAUCGUGGCUCUCCUUCACUUUUUCUUUUGCUGUCAUUGUAUGUAAAAUAUUUAUGUAUGUAUUUAUAUAUAUAUGUAAUGGUAGAACCUGAAAUGUGGUCUCUUCAUUUUUGAAGGAUGUUUUUUUGUCUUUUUUUGCAAAUUGUAGGGAAUAUAAAAAUACAUAAGGAAAAAAAUAAUGGACCUAACUUAUAUAUUAAAUGGGGGGGAAGGAGCAAAAUAAAAACAGAAAUACCACAAGGCAUACCUGAAAUGUUUUUUUACGUAAAUAUCCCAUACCUGAAACUCUUUGAACUGAAGAAUUCAUGGUGUUAUUCAAAAUGCAAGCCCCCUUUUUUGUAACUUGGGUUUGUUUUGCCCAGUUUGCAGCUUGUAAAAGUACAGUUUUCUUCUUGGGGUAGAUGUGGAACUUCUUUCUGGUUUAUCAGUUUGCAGUUUCCCCAGUUCCUGCACCUGACAGAUCCUCUGACAGACCGAGAGAGUUACUGGCACGAGACUCUUCUGCCUGCGGUAUUUUUUCUGCUCUUGAGGUUCUUAUGGAUUUUAAGGCCUUGAAGGUGAAUUGAUUUUUCUUGUAAUUUGAGAGAUGCCCGUGUGUGUUUUUUUCCGUUCUGUCAUUUUCAAAUGGUGUCCCUAUUAUUGUUUUUGAGUGUCCGCUCCUCAGAUCGGCUGAGUCUUGUUUACUUAGUAUUGAGGAGUAUGUCCUGUACCUGCCUCCUUGUCUCCUGGCCUUUCAGACUCUUCUUAAAUAUUUUUCAACGGAAAACCCUGAUUUUGUUGCCUUCCUCCUCCAUGACCCAAAACAUAUGUUUUAUUUUAAACCUGUCACCCAUCAAAUAAAGUUCUGAGCAGUU